AUGGACGAUGCUGCAGUGGUGUGUAGAGAGCUGCGCUGUGGGGAGGCUGUUAAUGUACAUAAGAACGCUUACUUUGGACCAGGAUCAGGAACAAUCUGGAUGGAUGAUGUGGACUGUAGUGGAUCAGAGUCGACACUGAAGAGCUGUAGGUCAAGUGGUAGAGGGGAUCACUGUGGUCAUGGUGCUGAUGCUGGGGUCACCUGCUCAGCUCACAGAAAGCCGAGACUCAGUGCUGGUCCUCACCAGUGCUCUGGGAGAGUGGAGGUGCUUCAUGGAGGUUCCUGGUCCAUAGUGUGUGAUGCUGACUUUAACCAGCAGGAUGCAGAGGUUGUGUGUCGAGACCUGGGCUGUGGGAUUCCUGUGAAGGUGCUGGGAUCAGCUGCUUUUGGCCGAGGGGAGGGUCAGGUGUGGACAGAGAAGCUUCAGUGUGGAGGAACUGAAUCUGACAUUACCUUCUGUACAACAUCAUCUUUACCCAAACACUCAAACUGCUCCCAUGACAACGAUGUGGGAUUAAUAUGUUCUGGUCACACGGAGGCGCGGCUGGUGAACGGACUGGACUCCUGUUCUGGUCGAGUGGAGCUCCAGUACCUCAGUGACUGGGGCACAGUUUGUGCUGUAAGCUGGGAUAUGAGAGCUGCAGAUGUUCUCUGUGCACAGCUGCAUUGUGGGAGUGCUGUGGCUGUGGUGGACUGGUAUGGGGAGGGGAGUGGCCACAUCUGGGCUGAUGUGUUUGAUUGUCAGGGGAAUGAGACACACCUAUCACAAUGUGGCGUCUCAUCAUGGAGUCGAGCUGCAUGCUCUCAUAAACACGAUGCUGGAGUCAUCUGUAAUGGAUCAUCCAUGGCGUUUCAUGAGGGGCGAGUGCAGUUGUCUGGAGGGAGCGAGUGUCAGGGGGAGGUGGAGAUUUAUUUCAGGCAGGACUGGAGGAGAGUUCUCCUGGACUCGUGGAGUCUGUCUGAGGCGUCUGUGCUCUGCAGACAGCUGGGCUGUGGCUCUGUGCUGAACUACCGCUCCUCCCCAUCCACCACUGAACACAAACACAUGUGUGUAACGGGUUUCAGCUGCUCUGGGAGUGAAGCUCAUCUGGGGAACUGCAGCAGUGCACAACCUGUCAACUGCAGCUCCGGGGAACAGCUGUACAUCACCUGCUCAGGUAUCUUGAACCGUGCCAUCAGCUCCAUCAGGCUGGUUGGUUCUGGGGAAGACUGUGCAGGAAGGCUGGAGGUUUUCCACAGUGGCUCGUGGGGGACAGUGUGUGAUGACUCGUGGGAUAUUGAGGAUGCACAGGUGGUGUGCAGACAGCUGCAGUGUGGAGUGGCCCUCAGGAACCACAUACCAGCCUGGUUUGGUCCUGGAACUGGGUCCAUAUGGCUAAAUGAGGUGGAGUGUGAGGGGAACGAGACGUCCCUGUGGAACUGCAGAUCUCAGCUGUGUGAAGAGGGGGAAUGUGGACACCAGGAGGACGUAGGAGUCGUGUGCUCAGAGUUUAAAGAGAUACGACUCACAGAGGGCUGUAAGGGGAAUCUGGAAGUGUUCUAUAAUGGAACCUGGGGUAAUGUGUGUUACAACCAGAUGGAUGAUGAGACAGUAAACAUGGUGUGUCGAGAGCUGAACUGUGGAAGGCGUGGCAGUCUGUCAAACACUAAAGCAAGAGUCAAAUCUGCUCCUAACUGGCUGGAUUAUCUGAAGUGUAGGAAACACGACUCUAAUCUGUGGCAGUGUCCAUCUUCACCCUGGGGACAGAACAGAUGUCAUAAUGAUAGUAAUGAAGUGGCUCAUAUUACCUGCACAGAUGAUAAAACGUCUCUACAUACACAAGAAAAGUGCUCUUCACUUCCCUCUCAGAAACACUGCUCAAAGCACUGGUCUCUCAGGCUGAGUGGAGGAAAGGGAAGCUGCUCUGGGAGGUUGGAGGUGUAUCAUAACGCUACGUGGGGCUCCGUUUGUGAUGAUCAGUGGAACAUCAGGAACGCUCAGGUGGUGUGCAGACAGCUGGGCUGUGGCUCGGCGCUGAGUGCUGAUAGGAAUGUUAGCUUUGGUCCUGGUGAAGGGACUAUCUGGCUGAACAGAGUGAAGUGUCGAGGGGAUGAGAUUCACCUGUGGGACUGUCAUCAUUCCCUGAAGAAACACACUGACUGCUCUCAUGCUGGAGUCACCUGUGCAGGUCAGAGGGACAUAUCCACAGUGUCCACUACUACACCCACCACCACCACCACCACCACCACUACAACCACCACCACCACAUCAGGCGCUCCAAAUACCCCACCCACCCCUCCACUGGUUCUCUUUGUGUUGGGAACGCUGCUCUUCCUGGCCUUAGUGCUUCUGGUGGUACUGUUUUACCAGAACAGAGUGCUCAGGAGAGUUGUCUCUAAGACGAGGCGUAAGACUCAGCCUGAGGCAGUCUAUGAGGAGAUCAACCACAGAUACAUCACUAGAAGAAUCACGAGCUCCACUCAAAGAGGAAGUCUCCUUUCUGAAGAACAGCAUUCUGGGUAUGAGCAUGUGGAUGAUGAGCUUCUCUCAGUAAAGUCUGGGAUUGGAGAAAAGGCUGAGUAUUAUGAUGAUGUCAUCGACACCAGUGACUUCAUAAGUGAUACAGGAAGAGUUGAGCCACCAGAGGACUACGAUGAUGCCGUCACUGCUGGACCCAUCGCUGAUAACAUGGAGGAGGAUGAAGUGGAGAAUUAUGAUGAGGCCAUUACAGCUGAUCAGAAGUCAGUUAUACUGACAGAGGACGUGUCCGAGAACUAUGAUGAUGCAGUUACGGCUGAAACAAACACAAACAUCACCACAGACAAUCCAGAAGAUUAUGAUGAUGUCAUCACUGAGGAACAGGAUGGAGGAGAGACAGAAGAAUAUGAUGAGGUGGAGGAGAAAUCUCAGAAAGACAGGGACCAUGUGACUGAGACACGCCCCCAAAGGCCUUUUCUCAGGAAAUUACAUUUCAACUUUUAUAAACACAAACAAUGAUUUGAUUCUACUUCCAAUAAUUUCAUGCAUUCUGAACCAUGUUCAUUUUCUCACCUUGUUAUUAGCAAAUAGAUUAGGGAGAGUUAAAUCAGCUCCAUUAUUACUGAACCAAAUGUUUCCAGCUUUCCUUUUACAACACAUUUCUGACAAUUCAUCUGAAUAUCUUGUCUUUGUAAACAAUAUGCAAGCAAUAUAUACGUCUAGGUUUCAUGCUGUGUGUUUAACUAUAAAACAUAUCAUUGAAAUGAAUGUUUUGUUGCAGUCUCUAUUAGGGAGCUGUGUAUGUUGGAAGUUUCAUUACGGAUUCUCAGAUUUUCAUGUGAAAUUCUCAGGUUUCCUUCAAACUCUCCAAUUUCUUUCCUUAUUCUCAGGAUUUUGUUUAAUAAUCUAAUAUUUCUUUAAUAUUCUCAGAUGUUUGUUUUGUGAUCUCAGGUUUUAUUCAAUAUUCUCACUUUUUAAUGAGUGACGGCUCGUUAAUUUUAAUGUUACAUCUUAAUAAACAAUAUACAAGCAAAGGUGA